AAGUGACUUCACUGACUUGAACCACUUGACUUCUUUGUGAAAGAUUUUCAGACGUAGCGUUUUGGCCAACCACCUGGACGAUCCUACGAGGCUAUCCAGCUAUCCUUGAUGUGUUGGAGCGACCAAAGAUCUUGUUUUUUGGUCGAAGGUUAGGCCGUAGUGUAUUUAACUGUAGCCAUGGCGGAAAAAUCUUGCAACGGGUUGACUUCAGCCGAUGGUGGCGCUUGGGUUGUUGACAUUUCCACCGAGGCCAAACUAACCAUCAAUCCCAUUAGAGCUAUCGUGGACGCGCUGAAAGUCGAGCCGAAUCCCGACAAAGAAGUCAUUCGUCUCUCCAUUGGUGACCCAACUGCAUAUGGCAAUCUACCGCCGUCCAAGCUUGUAUCCAGUGCUGUCGCGGAAGAAGUUGAGAAUGGCCAAAGCAAUGGCUACUGCUUGUCUUUCGGCUCUAAAGCAGCUUGCUCUGCAGUAGCUGAGUACUACUCCACUCCUGAAGCUCCUCUGACCUGUUCAGAUGUUGUGCUGGCGUCAGGGUGUUCCGGUGCUCUGAGCAUGGCUAUCAAUGUGCUCACAAACCCCGGCGAUAACAUUCUAAUCCCGUGCCCGGGCUUCUCACUCUAUCGCUGCCUUGCCAGUGCGCGGCAGGUUGAGGCACGCUCGUAUCGACUCAUUCCGGAGAAGAGCUGGGAAAUUGAUCUUGACAACAUGGAAAGCCUCAUUGACGAGAACACGAAGGCUAUUGUCGUCAACAACCCGUCCAAUCCAUGUGGUUCGGUGUAUACACUGCAACAUCUGAAGGACAUUGCUGCAGUUGCGUACAGGAGACGUGUGCCUAUCAUCUCUGAUGAAGUUUACGCUGGCAUGGCUUUCCAUGGUACUAAGUUUCAUUCAAUGGCCCAGGUUGCGCCCAACCAACCCAUCCUCACCUGUGGUGGGCUAGCUAAGAAAUACUUGGUUCCUGGAUGGCGUCUUGGCUGGGUAUUUGUCCACGACCAGCACCAUGUUCUAGAUCUGGUGCGGGAAGGCCUGAGGAAACUCAGCACCCAGAUUCUGGGCCCGUGCUCACUAAUCCAGGCCGCACUUCCUGCUAUCAUCCGUGAAACACCACAAGAGUUCUUUGACAACACCAUUCGUCACUGUGAGGAGGCUGCGGGGAUUGCAUUCGGUCUUCUCUCUGAAGUUCCCUCUCUCACGCCCGUCAUGCCCAGUGGAGCUAUGUAUAUGAUGAUUGGAAUCAAGACCGACAUGUUGGUUGAUAUUGACAAUGACAUACAGUUCACAGAGAAGCUGAUGGCGGAGGAGUCUGUCUUUUGUCUGCCUGCUCAGUGCUUCCAGUACCCUGACUUCUUCCGCAUUGUCCUCUGUGUCCCUAUGCCGAUGAUGAGUGUGGCGUGCAGUCGCAUUAGUGAGUUCUGUCAUCGUCACCAGCGACAAACAAUCACCAAUGGCACUCACUGAAGUAGAACGUCAUCCUUGCAUCCUCCCUCUUGCCGUCUUGGCUGGGUCAGUGAAGACUAAGUCUUACUGGUAGGAUGCCAGCACAGUCAUGAGUCAUGUUUCUAUGUCAGGCUGCUGGCCAUGCUUGCAGCUUGUCUGGGCUUGAGGGCUUGUGGGCGUGCAUGCUGUGUCUAUGGGGCAGCAGUGGAGUGGAUUGAUUACCUUGCAAAUUGCGUAGUGUUGUGAUGAUGCAUUUACUACUGUAUACUGUAUUGUUGACUAACAGCAGCUAUGCUUGGGUGGGAUGCUCCUUGCUGCAUGUAUCAAUGUGUUACAGACUAACAGCAGCUAUGCUUGGGUGCCUUUAUGUCUCGGUAUAUUCCACUUGGUUAACUCUGUACCUUUUAGGUAUGCGUGCUGUGCUCUUGGCCAUCACAACUGCUGGUCUAGUUCUUAUAGUACUAUCGCCAAAAUCUAUUGAGCGCGAUGCGAUGUUGACACCGCCUAGCCUAGAGAACACCAUGCCUAUUUCAGUAGCUGUCUUGCUCUUAGCAGUCUUCUGUCCCUUCUGGCCUACUGCAUGUUCAUCCUGUUGCUGCUAGUACUUCAGCUCAUUUCCUUGAGAAAUUAUUAGGUGUUUGAUUGCCUGUUCUAUUGGCCAUGUCUUGUCCACCUGUUGCUGGAACAACAGUAGAGCGUGAGUGUGUUUGUGUGCGUGUGUGAGUGUGUGCUUAUAUUUUAACAACGAUCUGAUAUUUUCUUGUAGAAUUCUUGCUGAAUUAGAUUGGACGCUUUCGGCUUUCUUUUUGAAGAUUAUUAUUCUAUUUCUGUAGACAGCCUUGUAUCUCUAUUAAAACUACAUGUGCCCACCCUAAGGAAGGUGCAUACAACCAGUAACUGAAAUUCA